UUAAAUAACCUCAACUUUAUAUACGUCAUGAUAUUUCUAUGAUGUUUUACUAGAGGGAAUUGCCCGUUGUGGCGGGAAAAUAUAAUUAUAACAAAUUCCAAUAUUUUUUUUAAUGAACUCGUUAAUUUUUUCUAAGAAUGGCUGGAAAUUUAAACAAAAGUGAUGAAAUUAUGAAAAGAAAUCCCAAACUUGCUGAAGUGAUAAAAUUGUUGGAAGACAAACGGAAAGAACGAAGAGACGCAUUGGAAAGACGGCUGGAUGAGGCGAAUGCGAAAUUAUCAUCCACCAAGAGCGAAUGGUUGAAACAACAAACAUUGUAUUUAUCUGUUCAACAUGUGUUGGAUCAUAAUGAGGAGUGUGAUUUAGGGGAAGCCCCUAAAGCUUUUCAAAUCGCUCAAUGUUUGAAUUCCGUCGACGAGGAUUCGGCUUUCAAUGUUCGGCGUCAUGAUCUUACUUCUAUGUUGGAUGAUAAGGAGAAACUCGACCGGGCGAAGAAAUUACUUUCGCAAAAAGUUGAAACGCACUUGAGCAACACUUGUUUAAAUUUAAUGAAAUUUCAUGACCUGCCCAAACUAUCAGAGAAUGGCAAAGUAUUACACGCACGUGCCUUACAACUCGGAGAAAUGGUAAAAAAUGAAAAACUUGAAUUUGCAAAAUUGGAUAAAUAUUCAUCUGAACUGGGAGAGAAACUGCUGGAUCUUUAUGUGGAUUAUCAUCAGGAGCUUCAUAAUUGCGUUGACUCACUCACGGAAAUAUUAUCCAAAUAUACUUUUGAUCUUCAACCAAAGAAAAAUCAAAUAGUGAUCAAAGAUGCGAUGCAAAGUUGCGAAACAUUGGCUGCAAAGUUAAAGUGUACGAGAGUAAAGUUAGUUUGUGAAACUUAUUCCCCUCAACGUCUUGAAGCUUUAAGAAAAAUACGUUUGCACCAAGAGGAAACCUCCACCCUCCUCCACACCGAGUUGGAACGAAUAAACCUUCGAUUGGAAGCUUACAAGAAUAUGGGAGGAGAGUUUGAAGCGAUUGCGCGAAAAUAUUCGGAAGUCCGAUCAGAAAUUGAUAAAAACCAAUCUACUAUGGAACAGAUCAAGAGAUCAAUGAAAUAAAGAUUAACUUUUUGUGCUGCAAGAAAUACAUGUGAUGUUUAAAUUUUGUCGAUUUUUUCAUUGUCGUAGAAAUAAAUGUUGUGAUUAAA